AUGGUUAUUGCUAGCAGUGUCGCAGGACAUUUGAUGGCAGUUCUCGCUAUCAUAGGUAUUUGUGUUGCAGCUCCGUACACUCCUAAAAACAUUAAAUUGGUCAAGAAGGAUUCUGGGUUCGACUACCAGAACGAUAAGAUCCGUGGGGUUAAUCUUGGGGGAUGGUUCGUAUUGGAAGCUUACAUGACUCCAUCGUUAUUCGAACAAAAUGCUGAUGACGGCAACGUGCCAGUCGAUGAAUAUCACUACUGCCAAAAGUUGGGCAAGGAAGUAUGUAAGCAACGAUUAGAGACCCACUGGGAGAACUGGAUAACAGAAGACGAUAUUUCUAGUAUUAGCAAGCUUGGGUUAAACAUGGUGAGAAUCCCAAUCGGGUACUGGGCGUUCCAGACCUUAGAUUCAGAUCCAUACGUUCAAGGCCAAGAUAAAUACUUGGAAAAAGCAUUAAAAUGGUGCAGAAAACAUGGUUUAAAGGCUUGGAUUGAUUUACACGGUGCACCUGGGUCACAGAAUGGUUUCGAUAAUUCUGGGUUACGUGAUGAAUACGGGUUCCAAUCGGGUGAUAACACUCAAGUCACUCUUAAUGUGUUGGCACAGAUCCUGGAAAAAUACGGUGGUUCUGAUUAUGAAGAUGUAGUAAUUGGUAUUGAGUUAUUGAACGAACCAUUGGGCACAGUUUUGGACAUGGACAAGUUAAAAACUUUCUACUAUGGUGGAUACAAAACUGUCAGAAAUUCCGGAGUUCAAACAGUUGUCAUUCACGAUGCCUUUCAAUCUAUGGGAUACUGGAACAAUGAUUUUAACCCUCCAAGCAAAUAUUGGGAUGUCGUCGUAGACCAUCACCACUACCAAGUAUUUUCACAGGGAGAGUUAGAAAGAUCCAUCGAUGAACAUAUAGACACAGCUUGUGAAUGGGGUAAAGCAGCUACUCAGGAAUCACAUUGGAAUGUGGUCGGUGAAUGGUCUGCUGCUUUGACCGACUGUGCUACUUGGUUAAAUGGUGUUGGAAGAGGUGCCAGAUACUCUGGUGACUACGACAACUGCCCAUACAUUGAUUCCUGUGGAAAAUAUCUCGACUACGGUUCUUGGCCAAGUGACUACAGAACUAACGUUCGUAAAUACAUUGAAGCCCAAUUAGAUGCAUAUGAACAAGGUGCUGGAUGGAUUUUCUGGUCCUGGAAGACAGAAAAUGCCAUUGAAUGGGACUUUUCUAGAUUAACCGAAGCAGGCAUCUUCCCAUCACCAGUUACUGACAGAACAUACGAAAACCAAUGUGGUUUUUAA